AAAGUUCACAGAAUAAAAAUAAUCAUCGAUCACAAAAAAUUCAAUUUUUAUAAAUUAGAAAUUCCUGUUAAGUAGGUUUGAAUUCUAAUGGAUAAAAUUUCAUAAACAGUAAUGUUUUGAUUGUUAUAAUUUUUGGCAGUGACUCUUCCUACUCUUUCGAAAAUGGCUUUCCGUAGUGCUUUUCGAUUAGCCCCCUUGAGAUCUAUCAGACAUUACUCAAAGAAUGAAGCUAAUGAGAUAGGAAAGGAAGAAACAAAAGCCAUUAAUGAUGAAGAAAGUAAAGUUUGGGAGUCGUUCAGUAAAUGUGGGGAUGAUGGUACAUCUAAAACUAUAACUGGUGAAGUCUUACCUAAAAAUCAUUCCAUUUUCAAUGCUAUUGGGGCUACUGAAGAAUUGCUCAGCUACCUGGGUUUGGCGAGAGAAUAUGCUUAUGAAAAUGAGCAUGAUUACACUGAUAAAUUGAAAAGAAUUCAGACCAUAGUUAUAGAUAUAAGUACUGCAAUAUCUCGAACUACAGGCAAGAAUGGUGUUAAACAAAUGCCAAAAAUAUAUACUCAAGAGUUAGAAGAUUGGAUUCAAGAGUACUCUAAAGAACUAGCACCAUUAGAACAGUAUAUAAUCCCGGGUGGAGGAAUGCCAAGUGCUUCACUCCAUAUUGCAAGGUCUGUCUGUAGAAAAACGGAAAGAAAAGUGAUUCCAUUUGUUCAAGAAGGUUCACUUGAUGGGGAAACUUUAAGGUACUUGAAUCGAUUAUCAGAUUUUCUUUUGACAGUAUCCAGAAUUGCAGCAAAGAGAGAUCAAAGGACUGAAAGUAUAUAUAUUCCAACACCUGAUGAAACAGUUCAGCCUCAAUAGUUACUCUCUAACUGAAAAGCGUUAUAGAUUUAUAUAUGUAGAAACGUGUAGCAUAUGAUUCAGUAUUUAUGCUUGUUAUAUAACUUUUUUGUAUUAUUAAGGUCAGUUAUCUAGAAUACAUUGACUUUUGUGUUGAUCAAAAUUUAUGUGCUAUUCCUUGCAUUAUUGGGGAAAAUUGCAUGUCAUAUAUUUGUACAUUAGUGGUUCAAAUAUAAGGACUUCUUAAGAAGUUUCAAAUAAAUUUUAUUGAAAUUAUAAUGAUUUGAACAGAAGCAUAUCGUUGGUAUGCGAGAAACAUUUCCAUCAGAAUAUCAAAAACGCCAAAAUCUCAUAGAAAGUGCUUCCCAUUUUAUUUUAAAUUAAGUUGUCAUAUUAUUCAUAAUUCAAACUUCAUUUUAAGGAGUAGAGUUCUCCCAAUAAAAUAUACCAAUUAA